UGUUGUGCGGUUUUGACCCCAAUGUAAUUUGAGUGCGUGACUAAAACACGAAACCUCACAAGAAUUUCGUUUUAUGAAUCAAUUAUUACUUGAGCCGCAAAGUGAAAUAAGUGUGACGGACACACGUGGUAUUAGCUACAAAAGAAGAGACGAAACAGAGAUUGAAGAUGGAUGACUUGGACAGACUAUUGGCAGACUUAGAGGCUUCCACGUCACAGUUCAAGUCUGCUAAGCCUGGGCCGCCACCACCAUUAACAUCCAACAACAGCAAUUCAUCAACGGCACCACCCCCAGCCCAACACGAAAUCCAGUCACCGGUUUCACCAAUCUACUCUGAGAUCCCGGCCAAUGUGAACGGAAACGAUAGAUUUUCACAGCAGCAGCUUCAGUCAGAACCACUUUACGAAGAGCAGCCAGAUCGCAGGCUUCCCCCGGGUCAGGACCCCAGCCACCUCUAUGCCAAACCACACCAGGGUUUCAGCCAACGCUCCCCGGCCUACAACAGCAGCUACCAACCACAGGCCACCACCAACCAGCAGGUGAACAACGCGCCCCCGCCCAAGCCGGCCAGAAUACGCCCCGCACCACAGCCGACGAACACGGCUUACCAGUUCCCAGAGACUACGGGCUACAAUAAUAAGACGUAUCAGGAGACGAAGAUGGAUAACUUGUCGGAGUUGGAUAGCCUCCUUGCAGACUUGGAGAGUGCACAGGUUAAGAUUCAGAAUGAACGUGCGAGACAAUUACCAGCUACAUCUCCCAAACCAUACACACCCCCAUCACCAACCAAAGGACCACCCCCAGCUACGGCUCCAAAACCAAGAAGAACAGACGGAGGACCAGCCUCACCCACAGGUGUUGCCCCUGGUUACCAGUACUCACAACCUCCUCUUCCUGAGUCGCCACAACUACACAUCAGUCAACCUCCUACCCGGACUGCGUCAUCAGCAACUAAAGAACUGGAUGACUUGAUGGCAUCACUCUCAGACUUCCAGAUUUCAAGUGCCCAUCCCGCCCCAGCAGCCGUCAGCGUCACUAAUGAGCCAAGCUACGCCAAGCCCCACCAGAUCGUUACCCAUCCCAACCCGGUGCAGACCACCCAGGGUAACCAGGCCCCACCCAGGGGGAUACAACUAGACUCCAUGCUGGGUCACUUAGAGUCAGACGUCAGCCGGCAGGGCGUCAGUACGGUGGCCAAAGGGUUCUGUGGAGCAUGCCAGAAGCAGAUUGUAGGGCAGAUUGUGACUGCCCUUGGCCAGACGUGGCACCCAGAGCACUUCGUCUGUUCCCACUGCCAGGUGGAACUGGGUACAAAGAGUUUCUUUGAGAGGGAAGGCCAGGCGUUCUGUGAGACGGAUUAUCAGAAUCUCUUCUCUCCACGGUGUGCCUACUGCAACGGCCCCAUUCUGGAUAAAUGUGUGACCGCCCUGGACAAGACCUGGCACCCGGAGCAUUUCUUCUGCGCCCAGUGCGGUCAGCCGUUCAACGAGGGCGGCUUCCACGAGAAGAACGGCAAAGUGUACUGUAAAGAGGACUAUUUCGAUAUGUUUGCCCCCAAGUGUGGUGGCUGCCAUCGUGCAAUCAUGGAGAACUACAUCACUGCUCUUAAUGUGCAAUGGCACCCUGAGUGCUUUGUGUGUGGGGAAUGUCGUAUGCCUUUCAACGGCGGCAGUUUCUUCGACCACGACAGUAUCCCCUACUGCGAGAUUCACUACCACGCCGUGCGGGGCUCACUGUGCGCCGGCUGCUGCAAGCCCAUCACAGGACGCUGCAUCACCGCCAUGCAGAAGAAGUUCCACCCGGAGCACUUCAUCUGCGCAUUCUGCUUGAAGCAACUGAACAAGGGCACCUUCAAGGAGCAGAACGACAAGCCGUACUGCCACGCCUGCUUCAUCAAACUCUUCAGCUAGGUUUAGUUAGGGGAUAGUCAGGCCGUGUCCAAAUUGGCAUCUUCAGCUACGGCUACGGCUGUUGCUAAGGGUGUUGCUAAGGACGUCCUGUACCUCUCUCAACACAUAAUCUAGCUGAAGCCCUAGCUGUAGCCACCAAUUCAGAUACUGCCUUAGGGUGUCCGAACUGACCACUUUGGCUUCCUCAAACUGACCACUUUGGCUUCCUCAAACUGACCACUUUGGCUUCCUCAAUGGCUUGGACCAGUGUCUCUGCCACCAUUUUAAUGUUUCCCAGUUUUGACGCAGCAUUUCAGCUGAGGGCCAAUAAGUGCUCAGUUUGGACCCUAUCUAAUUUACAAUAAUGACUGUAGAGGGCGCUAACACAACACACACAACCUUUAAGACCCCUUGCAUACCCUGUCAACCAUUUUAGGAUGUCCCACUAAAGCGAUGCUAUGGCUAAAAUGCACACAAGGCAAGUAUGUCAUGCAGGCCUGAUGACUUGUGCUUGAAAGGACAAGGGCACCAAGGUAUUUUCUUCCUGGUAAAAGGCAUCGCUAUGAGGAAAUUGUAAAUUUCUAUUGGAACAAUACAAGGGGCACCAAGGGAAUGACCAUGGGCAAUGGAGGCACAUGUUGCCUUUUUUAAGUAUCGGGCAUUUCAUUUUUUUUAUAGUCAACCAAACCAAACAAAAGUCCCCCAAAUUUGUUAAGCAAUAAACAUUACACAUUUAAACAUUUCGGCAGUAGGGCGCCCUCAGGUACAGGUCAAAAGAGGUUGGUCACUGGUGGUCCAACCUGUGUGCCGUGAAGGUCCUUGGUUUUUGAUAAUCUUUGCAAGGGGUCUAAAAAUCAAUGUUCAAGAAGUGUUUCUCUUGAUUAAAAAAAAGAGGCACUACCGUGAGAGAGUCAACAUAUAACCUAAAAAAGUUCAUGUUUUUUAGAACAGACACUAUUGAGACCAGCUUGCUUCCAUACUGUACUUAAAUAAAUAAAUAAAAAAUAAAUAAGUUCAUAUUUUAGGAACAGUACCAUUGAAUCUUUAAAAAAAAAAUUAAAAAAACAAGAGGAAACAAAAUAAAGAUUUAUGGUCCAUGUAACUGAUAUAUUCAUAAAUUUGGGCCAAUUAGCAUUCAUCAAAGUCUGCAAACAUUACGCAUAUUUUACGCAUAUUAACUUUAUGAUAUGCUACACACUUUUCAAUAAUGAAAUAAUGGUCAAGACAAGCAGGGACUCUUUUAUUGGUUCUGAAAAAAAUGGAAGAGUAGAUUUUUUCCAACUGUACAUCGAACCUUAAUGAAAGGAUGGUUGUUUUGUGCUGUGUGCAGUCAGAGAACAAUUAACUCAUACUGGUAUUGUCCCCAGACUCUUACGAGUCAAACUUAUCACAUUGAUGUAAAAGUACUGAUCUGACUACUCAGCCAAAAAAUCAAAAGCUGAGGCCGGAUCCCUUUAACUUUGGGAGGAUAUAAACACCAAUAAGCAAAUACUUACGUGUCUUGCUCAAGGACACAAGUGUCGGUGUCUCGUAGGCAAAUCUGUCUGAUGGAGAUUCUGUCACCCCAAAAAGGGAAAUGCAUGGGCUGGAGGAGGAUGAUUCAAAAGAGGGCGCUAUAAGAAGAACCUUUUUAAACAGUUCGCCGUAUGGGGAGACAGAAAUACUUGCAACAUGGGGACUGAGAUUCAAACCCACAUUGUGAUGAUUCGGCCUCCACAACAUGUGUUGAAGCUUAGGCUGCACAUAACAAUACAGCCAUAGCUGCAGCCGCCAAUUUGGAUUCGGCCAAUAUUUCAAUUUGGGGACCCAACGAUCAAAUUUUUCACAGCAUCUAUUUGUGAAAUUUUAUACUGUAAAAAAAGCUUUUUAUAACGUGCAACAUAUGUAAAGAUGUUUCGUCCUGGUAAAAAAAUCAUUAGCUGUACUCGUUACUAACAUUUACCGAUAAAAAAACUCUUACUAAUUAAUUUUUGGUUCCACAUUUUUUGUGACUUUAAUCAUGCAAUGAUUCUUUAAGAAUAUCUAAUUAAAAAAUCUUAGCCCAUUUAAAAUAUUUUUGUAUAAUUAUGUAAAGUACAUAUUGUAUUUAAUUUCCGUGUAAACUUGCAAGUGCCUUUCAACAAACAGCUUCAGUAAUUGCACACAGUGUUAGCGUAAGGAUAAGCUUACUUCGAAAAGAUUCUCUCGGUGUUCGGAGCGCAAUUUCUUUAAAACUGCUAAGCAGGAUAUAAUUCCCAGUAAAAAAAAUUUACUCGGUCACAAAUGGUAACCAGGCAUAGUGCUCAACCUCGAUAAGCUUGUCGCAAAUUGUCGACUAGACGGUCGUGGAUUCGAUCGGAGUUAGUUGAAUGAACCUUUGCACAACGCAAGAAUGCACCUCCGCAAAUUUUUGAGAGUCAAUUACUUUGUGUAUAUUUUCACUCCCAACAAAACAGAGAACAGGAUAGGUGCGUCCAAGUGCGCUCAGCAUUGUACAAGGGGUCAAAAGUUAACUAUGGUCCUUGAUCGAACUUGCUCGAAGAUGACUGAAAUUCAGGCAUCAGCAGGAAAUCAGUCACAAUUAAAAUCGCAUCGAUCCUGGCUGGUUAUUUGAUUUUGUUGAGCAGCAAAAACUACUUCUAAAACAUACUUCUCUGCAAUAUUUUUAGUGGAGGCGCGAGGUUUCAGAGUCUAUAAUGUCUUGUCUAAAAAGAUACUUUUGAAAUUUCAAACAGUUACAAACUUUACUGAGGUACAUGUAAGCAGUUGUAUGAAAUUAGGUCUGCACACCUAUAAGCCCGGUUCAUACUUCCUGCAAAUGCGAAGCGAAUGUUGACGUCACAAAUUCGCAACGAAUAAUUCGCAGCAGUUCAGCCCUGCUCAACACUUGCGAAUAUCAAGGAGGGUUUUGGCGUCAAAUUCACAUCAAAUUCGCUUCGCAUUCGCAUGAACUUGGCUUUACUAGAUAGGCAAGACUCUGAAAACAAACUAUUAGGUCUCUGUUUUAAGGUUAAAAUCUUCUUUUCUUCUUCUCACGUCUACAAAUACUAACAUUUUAAAUACCAAGUGCAUUUACUUGAAAGAGCGUUCUCAUCUGACGGAUUCAUUCAUAAUUUGAAACUCCUAAUAGUUUGUGUUUUAUUAAUGUUAUUUUGUUUGUAAAAUAUCAAUAACUAAAGAGUGUAUGAAAUGUAAGGUUGUUUUGAAAACAUUUAAAAAGUUCUCCUCGAAAGAUUAUAUUUGAUGAGAUAUAUUUAAAGGCAUAUUUUGAUUUGGGUUAACCCCAGCCCCUCCUUUUUUUGAUGCAAAUGAUAAACAAAGAUUAUAACUUUUUCUUUAAUCAGUCUUGGUUUUUUUGAGACAAUGUUUUAUAUUGUCUGGGAAAGAGAAUCUGGAGAUAUAUUCAACAGUUUAAGAGACCGUCUGAAAUCUUUGCAGACAACCAUAAUCAUGGCACGGCCAUCUUAUUGUCUAUCCAAAUGCACACAACCGAAAACAAGUGCUUAAAUGUGCAAGCCACUCACUCUGAAGUAACACAGUUUUUGAGAAAGAGGUAAUUUCAUACUUUAUAUCCGAGAAAGACUUCAGGCCUGAA